AUGGCGCCGGGUGGGCUGUUUGUGGAUCACAAGAAGGGGGAGGUGACGGAGAUGAAGAACAAGCUGAGAGACUCGAGCAUCGACAAAGAUCCCAAGCAGAAGCGCGCUAUCAUGGAGCGGGUCGUAGGGUACAUGACUCUUGGGAUCGGUCGAUGCCAUGUUGCUCUGCAGCUGUUGAGCGCUUAUGUUGAUGCAGACAUGUCGCCAUUGUUCAGUGAGAUGAUCAUGGCCACGGCCACUAAGGAUCUGGUGCAGAAGAAGAUGUGUUACUUAUACUUGUCGAACUAUGCAUCCAUGCAAUCAGAGAUGGCUCUUCUCGUCAUCAACACCUUGCUCAAAGACUUCCAUGAUGAAGAUCCCAUGGUUCGGGGCCUCGCCCUUCGCUGCCUCUGCUCCCUACGAGUCAACAACAUCUUAGAGUAUUUAGUCGAUCCCGUCGUCAAAGGUCUGCAGGAUGCCAGCCCGUACGUCAGGAAAACAGCUGUCAUGUGCGUGUUGCGAAUCCGCGAUCUGUCCGAGGACAUCAUACCCGAUCGACACCUGGUACAUCAGAUUUUCAAUCUUCUCAACGAUAGGGAUCCACAGGUCAGAGCAGGGGACGACGUAGUUGCUAACGCCGUCAAUGCUCUGCUGGAGCUCCAAGGCCGAACAGGGUUGUCGCUGCUGAUCGGAAACAAGAACAUCAUCAUUCGGCUUCUCCAAAGAAUAAGAGAAUUCAACGAGUGGAGCCAAUGCCUGAUACUUGAGGUCAUCGCAGAGUUCAAGCCCAACAGCGACGAUGAGCGCUUUGAAAUCAUGAAUUUCCUGGAUGAACGAUUGAGCCAUGGGAACUCUUCAGUCGUGCUGGCGACAGUGAAGGUGUUUCUCAACUUGACUCAGGACAGACCAGAGCUGCAGAAGCAAGUCGUGCAGCGAGUGAGGAGCCCUUUGAUCUCGCUGAUGACAGGAAGCAGCCCCGAGGUUGCGUUCGUUCUUAUGAAACACAUCAUUAUCCUGAUCAAGCUUGCACCUGGAGCCUUCGACGACGAGUAUACGUCCUUCUACGCCAGAUACAGCGACCCGCAAUAUCUUCAGAAUCUGACGGAAGAGAAUCAGAAUCUCAAGAUCAAAGCUCUCUCGCUGGUCGUCAACCUCAGCAACUUUAUCUCCAUAGUGGACGAGCUUGGGUCGCUCGUCAGCUCCUACUACCCUGCUCUCUCCAAGGAGGUGGCUCUCCUCUACCUGUAUCCUCUUGUCUCGUUGACACUUGUCGUCCUUUCCUACUCCUCCCUAUCUCACCCUCAGGCUCUCCGAGCGAUGGGCGAUAUUGCCGUUAGACUUCCUCGUGCAGCUCCUCUCGUUUCAGACAAGAUUGUUGUCCUUCUCCGCAGAAACGAUCCCGUGGUCGCCAAUGAGUGUAUAGCUGUAGCCCGGGACAUCCUUCGCAAGUAUCCUCCCCUCUCAGCCAUUCUCCUGCAGAGCUUGACCGAGGCUUUCUACGAAGUCAAGGAGGACGAUGCGAAGGUCUCGCUGCUGUGGGUCCUCGGUCAAUUUGGCAAUGACAUCCCAGAAGCCCCUUACCUUAUCGAGCCGAUGAUCGACGAGUGGGAGGAAGAGACAGAUCCAGCAGUGCGAUGUGAAAUGUUGACAACUGCGGUCAAGUUGUUCUUCCAGCGGCCAGGAGAGAUGCAGGCCAUGCUCGGACGGCUCCUCAAGUUCGCCAUAGCGGACGUAUCCAACGUCGAUGUACAUGAUCGUGCGCUGUUCUACUACAGGAUCCUGUCGGUCGAUCUCGAUACGGUCAUCUACAACAUGCCCGAGCAGCGCUGGCUCUCCGAAGAAGCGCUCAAGGCGAGAUACGUGGUGGCAGAUGCUGCUGUAGCAGCCGGAGUCAUCUCGGAUGAGCAGAAGGCGGGAACAGACCUGCUCGACCUCCUGGACGAGCCUGUGCCUAGCAGCAGAGGAAGAGCUGACCCUCUGGACGACUCGUCCAUGCCGCUGGAGCCAUCACCGUCCUUGUCCCCUGAGGCCUUCCAGGAUGUCUGGAUGCAACUGGGAGGGGGCGAGCCUUUCAUCAUCAGCUUCUCAAGAGAUUCUAGCGCGCAGGAGAUCGAGCUCCUCCUCUCACACAACAACGUCCGGGUCAUGGCUCAGGGUCAAGCUUCACCCAAUCAGCACAAGUUCUUCUUCUACGCCAAGACCAUCGGAGGUCCUCUCAUCCUCUGCGAGACUACUCUUGACAUAUCUUCCAAGACCCUCACAAGCCUCGUCAAGUGCAACGAUGCCGAUCUCAUCCCUGCCUUCUUCAUCCACUUCAAGAUGUCACUGACGCCGCUCAUGGCGUAG